AUGCGGGAGAACAUCUUGUUCGGCGAAGCCAUGGACACGGAGUGGUAUACCACAGUGCUGGAGGCGUGUGGCUUGGCCACCGACCUGAAGCAAUUGGCCCACGGCGACCUCACCGAGAUCGGUGAGCGCGGCAUCACCCUGAGCGGAGGCCAAAAGCAGCGAGUGGCUUUGGCGCGAGCUGUCUACAACCGCAAAUGCUCCCUGCUCUUGCUGGACGAUGUGUUCAGCGCGCUGGAUGCUCACACCUCGCGUCACAUCUUGCAGGCGCUCCUGGGCCCGGAGGGCCUCCUGCGCGACCGCGCCAUGGUGAUGGCCUCGCACAGCACGGCCUGCGCCGAGCGAGCACAGAAGGUGCUGCUACUGGGAACUCCACCAGGGGCCGAAGAGGAAUCCAGCUUGCUCUUUGAAGGGACCUGGCGCGAGCUCUGCGAUGAGAAGGAGUUGCUUCAACUUAUUGGUCAGGUUGAGACGGAGACGCAUCAUGAGAAGGAGGAACAUGCACAGGAGACCUUGGAGUUGCAGAAGCUUGAGGUGAGCAAGCCGCCAGGUUUGAUGAAGGCAGAGGAUCACAGCGGCAGCAUCUCAUGGCGUGCCAUCCGCAUGUACCUGCGUGCUGCGGGAGGUUGGGCUGUGGUGUCUCUCUUCGUGCUGAGCUCGGUGCUGGAACGCACGUUGAUCAUCGGCUUGGAUUGGUGGCUGUCUCGUUGGACAACAGUGACCAGUGAGGCGACAGCAGAUGAGGUGGAGGUGAGCUUCUACCUCGGCGUCUACUUGGUCGUGGUGCUUUUCGCUGCCUUCUUCGUGGCCCUCAGCCGUUUGACCAUUGCCGUGUCCACCGUGAAAGCUGGCCAACGUCUUUUCGAGCAGCUUGCCAUGCGCGUGGCUCAUGCACCCACUCGCUGGUGGGACACCACUCCUUUGGGUCGGGUCUUGAACCGCUUCAGCUUCGACACCGAGAACGCGGACACCACGCUGGUGACGAAGCUCUUCCCCGCGAUCAUGUCCUUGAGCUGGUGUGCUGGGGCGAUUGCAGUCAUGGUGGUGACCUUUUGGCCCUGGUCCCUUCUCUUCGUCCCCAUCCCCACCUUCAUCUACUUCCGGCUGUUCCAGUUCUCCAGGAAGUCCAUCCGACAGUUCCAGCAGCUGGAUAGCAUCUCGCGGAGUCCCAUCCAGUCGGUCUACUCCGAGGUCCUGAAUGGCAUCGUGAGCGUCCGUGCCUUCGCCUGCGAGGCUCAAUACCAAGAGCGCUUGGCCAACGUCAUCGACGUGAACUCGGGCGCCAUUUUGACGUUUAACUCCUCGAACCGUUGGUUGGGCGUCAGGGUGGAGCUCCUGGCAGCCUUCAUCAGUAGCUUGUUGGGCCUCGGCGUGUGGCUCUUGCGCGGCUUCGUUCCGGCGAGCUUAGUUGGCAUGUGCUUCAUUUGGAACUCGAACUUAGCCGUCUCCCUCGGGUUCAACUGCAUCUUCUCCAGCCAGGCCGAAGCAUGCUUCACGUCGAUCGAGCGCAUCACUGAGUAUGCCGUGGAGGUCCCCGACGAGAGACUGGAGCAUCCAGACGUCGCGAGGUGCACUGCUGCUGGCACUGCUGGUGCCAGCGGAGGCCGCGGAGAGGAGGGCAGUGCCUUGCUCAGCUUCAACCAGGUGUCGCUGAGAUAUCAGCCUGGCCUUCCAUUGGCGCUGAACGCUGUGAGCUUCCACCUACAGCGCCAGGAGCGCUUGGCGGUGGUCGGCCGCACGGGCUCUGGAAAGUCGACCUUGGCGGUGGCCUUGUUCCGAUUGUGCCCCUUGGAGGAGGGCCAAGUGCUUCUGAGGGGGCAAAACUUGGCGCAGCUGCCCCUUGAUGUGGCGCGACGCUCCAUGGGCAUCAUCACACAGGAUCCCGUGAUCUUCAGUGGUACGGUGCAUUACAACUUGGACCCCUUCGGCGAGUUCGACGCGGAGAAAUGCUCGGCCGCUCUGGAGCAGGCGCAGCUGGCGGAGAGCUUGGAGCUUGAGACGCAGAUCGAUCAGGCGGGUGCCAAUCUCUCAGUGGGGGAGCGCCAGCUCCUGUGCCUGGCUCGGGCAUUGCUACGAAGUCCGAAGCUGCUUGUUUGUGAUGAGGCAACGAGCUCGGUGGAUGCUAUCACGGACGCGCAAGUGCAGAAAUGCCUUCGCAACGCCGUGAGAACCUUCGAUGCGAGCUUGCUGACCAUCGCCCACCGCUUGGUCACGGUGGCCGACUACGACAAGGUAAUGUUGCUGCAAGCAGGGCAAGUGAAGGAGUUCGAUUCUCCCGGCAAGUUGUUGGCAGAGAAGUCCUCGGCCUUCUCUCAGUUAGUUGACAGCAUGGGCCAACGCGAGGCGGCGGCGAUCCGGCAGAUCGCCGUAUCCACGGGGCCCACACAGCUCUCCCUGUGA